AUGCUCGUGGUACCUGUAUUUCUUGUAGUAAUCUUAUUAGAAAGAGGUUGUUGGUUUUUUACAAAAGUAGUUCGUAAAUUACGGUGAUUUUGUACAAGCUACCGAACGGUAACCUUAUUUUUUUUCAUUGAAUGAGUAAUAGAUAAUGUAUGAAGAUGAAAUAAAACUAGUAAGUUGCUCAAGAAGAUGUUAGAAUGAGAGAAAUUGAAGAUACAUCUGUAGGCAUAGUUAUCCUAUUCACCUAAAACGGAUUCUUCAUAUGAAUCAGUUGGCUCUAAAUGAAGUAAUCUCACAGCUGUUUCUGAGACCCAGAGCUCAGCACGCCGUUGGUUGAUAGCCAAGAUGAGGGUGAUCACCUUUUUCAUCGUGGGACUGACGGUUCACGUGGUCUUCUUCCUAUCCAUCUUCGAUAUCUACUUCACAUCUCCUCUGGUUCAUGGCAUGACGCCCCUGUCCACACAAAUGAAACCUCCUGCCUCCAGACUAGUUCUUGUGGUUGCAGAUGGUCUCAGAGCCGACAGCCUCUUCACCCUGCUUCCCAACGGCUCAUCAAGAACUCCAUACCUCAGGAGGGUUAUAGAGGAGACUGGUACAUGGGGUGUGUCACAUACUCGUGUACCGACUGAGUCUCGACCUGGUCAUGUUGCGCUCAUUGCAGGAUUUUACGAGGAUGUCAGUGCAGUUGCUAAAGGAUGGAAGGAGAAUCCUGUGGAGUUUGAUUCAGUAUUCAAUGAGAGCAGACAUACUUGGUGUUGGGGAAGCCCUGAUAUUUUGCCAAUGUUUGCUAAAGGUGCCAGUGGAGACCAUGUGUACACUCACACCUACCCAGCAGUGGAGGAGGACUUUGCUUCCACAGAUGCUUCUAGACUGGACAGCUGGGUGUUCACUCAAGUCAAAUCUUUAUUUCAGUCUGCAAAGUCCAACUCCACAUUGAAAGGCAGUCUGCUGAAGGAUAAGAACAUAUUCUUCCUGCAUUUGCUGGGCAUUGACACAAACGGACACGCUCACAGACCCAUGUCAGAGGAGUAUCUAAACAACAUUGCUCUGGUGGAUAAGGGUCUAGCUGAGCUUGUGCCUAUCAUUGAGGAGUUCUUUGGUCACGAUGGCAGAACAGCAUAUGUGUUUACCUCUGAUCAUGGCAUGACGAACUGGGGUUCCCACGGUGCAGGCCACCCAUCUGAAACACUAACCCCUCUAGUGGUGUGGGGUGCUGGCGUUAAUGUGGCCCAGAGAGUCACAGAACCCCAACCCUAUGAGGAUAACUUUCUUCAAGAUUGGAAAUUGGAGCACAUCCGUAGAGUUGAUGUCAAUCAGGCAGACAUCGCUCCACUAAUGGCUUCUCUCGUUGGUGUUCCCAUUCCUGUUAACUCCGUGGGUGUUCUACCUAUCCUCUACCUCAACAAUAGUGAUCAGUUCAAGGCAGAAAGCAUGUACACUAACGCCAUUCAAGUGCUGGAGCAAUUCAAGAUAAAAAUGCAGCAGAAAAAGGAAACAACUCUGUCUUUUUUCUUCACUCCCUUCCAACAGCUAACUGAGUCCAAACAAGCUGAAAUCAUCCACAAGGCGCGAAUACUGAUUCAGCUUGAGAAAUACAAUGAAGCUAUUUCUCAGUGUCAGUCGCUGAUAUCCCUCUCUCUGGAAGGCCUGCUCUACUAUCACACCUACGACAGGUUCUUCCUGGGUUGCAGCGUGGUGCUGGGAUUUGUAGGCUGGACCUCGUACGUGAUCUUAGUCAUACUAAAGACUCACGCCAGCCUCCACAGACACCCUCACUUCUCCAAACAGAGAUCCAGUCGCACUGUGGCCAGGUUGUGCGUGUGUGUGGCAGUGAUGAUCACAGUGUUCCUGCUCAUCCAAAGAAGUCCAGUCACUUACUAUAUUUACUGCCUGCUGCCUGUACCUGUUUGGUUUUUUGUUUAUAAAGAGUCUGGAGCUCUAACAGAUCUGAUUCGAUCAGCCCCCUCUCUGCCAUUAUGGAAAUGCUUUGGCUAUUUUGUUUUGGUGGCAUUUGGCAUCGAGCUGCUGGUGGUAAGUUUCUUCAAUCGCGCCAUGCUGACUCUUGGACUGGGUGUCCUUUCCUUGUGGCCAAUCUUGACAGGACUUUUUACCAAAGCAAAGUUUCGUUCUCUGAGCUGGUUUCUGGGAUGUUUGUGUUUGUCAACUUUCCCCCUGAUGCCGGUCGUGGGUAGAGAGCCUAACCUGCAUCUGGUUACCGGCGCAGGCCUGCUCACUCUUUUCACUUCCGCCUGCUUCCUCUGGUCAUCACGGCAGAGGACGCCACUGCACUUCAGAGACAGACGGCAGUUUUUCUCUCAGAUGCUGCUUGUGGCGGUGUGUGCAUGCGUGCCAACUCUGACACACUCCAGCCUACAACAGAAGCGGGGACUUCCUCUUCUUAACCAAAUCAUCAGCUGGAGUACGUUAGGAUCCUCUAUCUUUGUUCCAUUGCUGAGCUCAACACGUCUUUUCCAUCGACUUCUCAGCAUAUUUUUGUCUCUCACGUCCACCUACCUCUUGCUUAGCACAGGGUCAGAGGCCUUGUUCCCUCCUGUGUUAUCUUGGUUAAUGUUUGUAUGGAUCAACAUUGAACAGGAGGCUUUGCUCGCUCAAGGCGUCUCUGGCAGGCAGGAGUUGUCCACCAUCGAUUUCUCAGCAAACAUCGACAUCACCAAGAUCCGACAACUGAAACUGGAUGACAUUCGAAGAUCCUAUUUUUUCGUUUUUUUCAUAAUUACAGCUUUCUUUGGUACAGGAAACAUCGCCUCAAUUAACAGUUUUGAUCCAGCCUCCGUUUAUUGUUUCCUGACUGUUUUCAAUCCCUUUAUAAUGGGAGGACUAAUGAUGUGGAAGGUCAUCAUACCAUUCAUCAUAGUAAUGUGUACAUUUGAGAGCAUUCAAGUUGCAACACAGCUCUCAUCAAGAAGUCUGUUUCUCAUUGUUCUUGUUAUCAGCGAUAUAAUGGCUCUGCAUUUUUUCUUCAUGGUGCAAGACUAUGGCAGCUGGUUGGACAUCGGCACGAGCAUCAGCCACUAUGUGAUCGUGAUGUCUAUGACCAUCUUCCUGAUGCUUCUCAGUGUGGUCACACAUAUUCUCACCUCAAAGCGACUACACUUGUGUGAAAGCCCCAAGAUGCACUUCCCUUAAAAGUGUUUGCCAUUCAAAUUAGAGUGGAAAAGUUUUUUUGUUUGCUCCUGCAGUUCGACUGUUUUUUUAAGCAAACAUGUAAUGGGUGAGUUACUGUUUAAGCGCGUUGGAACUACAUGGCUAUUUAUUAUAGUUUCAAAAAGGUUCUAACUGAGUGGGUCGGUACAUUGCCAACCCCAUUUGCACUAAAGUCGUUUGUAUUUGUUUCAAGCACAUUUUUGUAUUAAU